CUGACCAAACUCUUUACUCUCUGCUUAGCUACCUACUUUGUGAUUUUUUGAUGUGAACAGUGAAACAACCAUUUUAAAACAAGUGUUUAUUCGUUUGUACAUAGUAAUUUUAUUGUGAUUGACCAGUAAAAGUACAGAAAUUUUAUUUAUUUCUUAUAAUAGAACCUCAGAUUCAUAGCUCAAAAUAAAUACAUUGUGGCUUUAGUCAUGAGGAUUGCAGUGUUUACCACCACAGUGUUCGGUAGUUAUUCAGUGCCUUUAGCCCAAAUAUGGCUUGUUACACCGUCGAAAAUGAUUUGAACUAUAAUAAUACUACAGAUUUGACCGAUGAAACUUCUAUCGUAGAUGAUUUGACCAUAGUUCCAUUGGAAAAGAAUAGUUUUGCAAUAUGUGAAUUAUGUGGUCGCGUUGGGCGUCGUGAUCAUUUUUAUACUCGAAAUAAUAGAUUUUGCAAUCUGCGAUGUUAUGUUAGUGCAACUAGACGUCGGCACUGUAAUUGGCGAUUCAAGAUUAUGGAAGGAGCUGAACAUAUGGCUGGUCUGAUACCCCUCGAACCAUUGCCUCAGCUGCACCAAUGGCAAGCUGCUUUGAAUGACUUACAGGCUGGCCCUAUCAAGCAGUCAGCAGCUUUAGUGGCCAAUAGCUAUGAAUGGAAGGAUGAGUUGUUUGGCUGUGACUUCUUGGCAGCUCCGGUCAGCCUGUUCAAACAUGCCCCACUGCAUGAGAUGUGGGACAACACCUUCGAGGGCAUGAAGGUUGAGGUGAAAAACACAGACUGUGGAAAUAAUACUGAGAAACUCAGUGACUAUUUUUGGGUAGCCACAGUAUUGAAAGUAAAAGGCUACAUGGGCCUGUUGCGGUAUGAAGGUUUUGGAAGUGAUGACUCGAAGGACUUCUGGGUUAACUUAUGCUGCUCCGAGGUUCAUCCUGUCGGGUGGUGUGCAACUCGCGGCAAGCCACUCAUUCCGCCUUGCACUAUAGAAGAUAAAUAUACGGAUUGGAAAAAGUUUUUAGUAAAGCAGCUAACAGGUGCUAGGACAUUACCUGCAAAUUUUUACACAAAAUUAAAUGAUAGCCUAGUAUCAAGGUUUUCUAUUGGGUCUAUUAUGGAGGUAGUUGAUAAAAAUAGAAUCUCUCAAGUUAAGGUAGCAAGUGUAUGUGAGAUAGUUGGUAAAAGAUUGCACGUUAAAUACUAUGAUAGUUCUCCAGAAGACAAUGGUUUUUGGUGUCAUGAAGACUCACCAUUGAUACACCCAGUUGGCUGGGCUUUCCGUGUUGGCCAUCCUCUUGACGCCCCACAAAGUUAUUGCCAAAGGGUGGCUGCGGGAAGAUUUAUAUCUAAUGACACAACACCAGAGAUGUUCUACAAGUAUCCAACGAAUGAGCCACCUCUGUUUUCUGAAGGAAUGAAAUUGGAAGCGAUAGACCCAUUGAAUUUGUCAGCAGUGUGUGCUGCUACUGUGAUGCAGAUAUUGAAUGAAGGCUACAUGAUGAUUCGAAUAGACUGCUACCCGGCUGACGUAUCUGGAGCAGACUGGUUUUGUUACCACCAGAGAUCUCCGUGCAUAUUUCCUGUCGGCUUCGCGUUGGCGAAUAACAUUCCACUAGUGCCUCCUAAUGGGUAUACCGCCGACGAGUUCGGCUGGGAACAGUACCUAGCCCUGACAGGCAGUAGGGCGGCCAGUCGGACGCUGUUCGCGGCGCGCGGUCACGUGGUGUCGCACGGUUUCGUGGCCGGCAUGCGGCUCGAGUGCGCCGACCUGAUGGAUCCGCGAUUAGUCUGCGUGGCUACUAUAGCUAGAGUUGUCGCUGAUCUUCUGAAGGUCCACUUCGACGGCUGGGGCACAGAAUACGACCAGUGGCUGUGGGCGCACAGCACAGAUAUGUACCCGGUUGGCUGGUGUCGCGCCGUGGGCCACCGCUUGGAGGGUCCCUUGCAGCCAGCGCCGCGCUGCGUUCGCAAGAUGCCUCCCAAGCAGCCGCGCAGGAAGCGCCGCCAGCCAGCUCCGAAACCAGUGGUACAACCACCGAACACGACCGAAGAAAGCUCCCAGAACUCAGACAUGGGUGAUACAAAGAGCCUGUCUCCCCCCACUAGUGUAUCCGAGAUAUCCGCGGAUACGGAACCGCGGGCUGAUACGGAAUCCAGCAAAAUGGAUGUGGACAACGAUUCGAAGAAUGGACUGGAGCCGAUUGAAGAAAGACUCUCGGAUAUUAUUAACCGAGAUUCGACGAGCACACCUACGGAUUAUUCGCAAGAAUCCAGCCAAGCGGCGCUUCAGCCUUCACCCGAAGCAGCGCCGAUCCCGGUCGAAGCGGACGACAAAGUGAUACCCAGGCUAGUCAACACCUCGGUCCCUCUAGACGUGCUCAAUACCGUCGAACCAGAAAACUGGACCACCGCAGACGUCGCUAAGUUCCUCACUGUCAACGACUGUCAACCUUAUUGCGUCAACUUCAGCCACAUCACUGGCCCCAUGAUGCUCCAACUGUCGAAAGACGAAAUCAUAGAACUACUAGAAAUGAAAGUCGGCCCCUCACUAAAAAUAUUCGACCUCAUACAACAACUGAAAUGCAAAAUCAAACAACCUCAAUGUAGAAUGUUAAGUAGCUUUAAGUAGUAACUAAUUAAUGCUACAUCACAGCAUGGUAUGGUAUCCAACGCGAUUCUUUUAGGAAUUGAUUUUUUAAAACGGUGGCCUUUAAAAUUCAGAUCUUUAAUCCUUGUACUUGUGGAUGUGCU